GCGUACUGCUAGCAAACCAGGAGACAAAAGCAACAAAGUGAACCCCCCUCCGGAUCAAUCAAAUGUGUCACAUUUAACCGUUUCCAAGCCGAGACCCUCUGAUUGCACCGUCAGAGCGAACCGUCGUGUGGAGAGAAGCGGAAGCACUUCAAGCUCUAAAUGGCGACGGACAAGCAGACGCCCAGGGUCAACGAAAGCGGCGCGGCUAAUACCACACCUGCAUGAGAAGCAGCUCAUCAAUGACUACACCUGAAACCAAGUGACUACACCCGACAACGCAAGCCCGACUGAUUCACAGAAACCCCUGGGCUGCCGCCAUGGAUGGAGAGGAGGAUAUUCCUCACCUGAGUGAGGAUCUGUUCGGUGAAUCUGACGGGUCUGCGGAAAGUAAGAAAAGAGAGGCGAAGGGGACCUGCUUGAAGAUUGAGGGGCAGGACGGUUACGUGUUGAAAUCCUACAGCUUUCAUCCCCACGACCUCGCGGACGAAAAGUCGCCAAGUUGCUCCUCAACCCUGGAUAAGGAUUCCCUCCCUACUUUCCAUUUAUCUUCUCAGGUAGACAAACAGCUGGAGUUGGAGAAAGUAUGUGACAUCGAUUCGUCGUCCCCCAGCGCUGAGGGACAUAUAGAGCAGGAGAAGUAUGCAAACGGCGGCGGGCUGGGUGAAAACGUCAAGGAUCAUAUUGGGGAGGCGAACGGAAUGGACGAGGAGAUGCAAGAUGACGAAAGGCUAGCGUUCGGUAGCUCCAUUGGCCCCUUCCUAACCCGAGACUGUGAUGACUAUAGUAAUUUAUUAAGUGGCUACACGAGCACCCUUUACGAUGUCGCCAUGGACGCCGUCACUCAGAGUCUUCUGUCGUCCAUGAGGGGUCACGGCAACCCGAGGAAGAAAUCCCCCGCAUGGAAUCAUUUCUGCAUAUCGCCACGGGACAAUACCAAAGCAAUCUGUUUAUACUGCAUGAAAGAGUUCAGUCGGGGCAAGAACGAAAAAGACCUCAGCACGAGUUGUUUGAUGAGGCACGUACGAAGGGCUCACCCCACUGUGCUUUUACAAGACGGAGCGGACGCAUCCUUAGCCAGCCUGCCGCUGUCUUUCCCCUCGCUGUUGAUACCUCCCUCGCCGAGCUCGCCAAAAAACGGAGACCUAACCAAUAGCAUGCUUACUCCUGCCUCAAAGAGCACGUCGCCGUCCACAUCCUCAGCCGAAAACUCAAGCCCGUCAUCCAAAGAAGUGCUGCCCAAAGUCGAACCAAAAUUCGAACAGUUUACCAAUGUCGACGCCCUCGGUGGCCCCUUUCCCCCCUCACAUUCCAGCGAAAACAGCGUCGAAGACUUAUUAGACGGCGGGCCCGAGCGCCUUCUGGGGGGCCUCAAAGUCUCCAGCUCCCGUCGCAGGUCGGCCGUGUGGAAGCAUUUCUACCUGUCGCCCGUGGACAAUUCCAAAGCCGUGUGCAUCCACUGCAUGAACGAGUUCAGCCGGGGCAAGAACGGGAAGGAUCUAGGAACGAGCUGUCUCAUCCGCCACAUGUGGCGAGCCCACAAGGAGGUUGUGAUCGAGGAGAACGGACUGGGCAACCACAUUCCGCCCCCCUACACAAACCCCCCCUCGCUGCUGCCCCGCACACAUCUGCAGGAUGCACUGGAAAUUAAAAAAGAGUCUCCCUUUUUCAUCUCCUCACCGGAGACCAUAUCAGACGACCUACCCCAAAGCAUAGAGGACGGCAUGUACAUUAAGGAGGAGAGCGAAGAGGGUAUGCAUUUCUCAGGGCAUGAUUCCUCUUUUCUCUCCUUUAAAUCUCAGGGGGACGACACACCGCUGACUUCCUCACCAUGUGACCUCGCCGAAGGCCCCAGCUUCAGUAGGGAUCAUUUAGUUUUCCAACAGAAUAAGAAGAUCAUGAAACGGGUGAAAUCUGAAGUGUGGCGCCAUUUCAUAGUGUCGCCAGUUGACCAGUUGAAAGCACUGUGCCGUUACUGUCCUUGUGUCAUUAGUCGGGGCAAGCGGGGCGACUUUGGCACAAGCUGCCUCAUGAGGCAUCUCAUGAGGCGCCACCCGGAUGUGCUGAAAACCCCAAAAGAUGAGAAGGAAUCGCCCCCUCAUCCCUACGCCCUCCUCGCCUCAACGGAUCCAGUUUCAGCCAAAGAAACUGACGGCGCCGAGAAGAAGCCCCUCGCCGUGCCCGUGUUCAGCAAAAAGACGUCAAAACUGUGGAAUCAUUUCUCCAUUUCCAACGCCGACCCCACCAAGGUGGUCUGUUUGCACUGUAGCCGCACAAUUAGCAGGGGCAAAAAGACUACGAACCUCGGCACGAGCUGCCUCUUCAGGCACAUGCAACGGUUCCACGGACAUUUUCUCGAAAGCAACAGAACUAUCUCAGGUGAUGUGCCGUCUGCUGAAGUCCGCGUCAAACAAGAGGCCGUGGAAGCCGCCGUUUAUCAGCCGGAGCAGAGCUGUCAGAGGUUUGACGAACACCACCCGGUUGCCAAAAAAAUCACCCGGCUCGUUGCGGAAAUGCUCGCCCUGGAUCUUCAGCCAUCGGCUAUGGUAGAGAACGCCGGACUCAACCGGCUGCUGGAGUUCCUCCAGCCGCAGUAUUCUCUGCCCCCUUCCUCCUAUUUCACCAGCACUGCCAUACCGGAAAUGUAUGAAAAGGUGAAGGACGUUGUGCUGACCCACCUCAAAGAGGCUGAAGGCGGCGUCGUCCACUUCACAACAAGCAUUUGGGUCAGCAGCCAGACGAGGGAAUACUUGACUCUCACCGCCCACUGGGCGACGUACGAGUCAAGUGUCCGGCCCCAAGGUCAAGACUUCCACUGUUCCGCUCUCCUAAGUGUCUCACAAAUAGAUUGCGAUCAAGAUAUGCACGACAUCCCAAAGCAGCUCGAGUACCUGUGGGACUCUUGGAUCACCUCGUCGGGGCUGAAGCGGGGCUUCACCGUAACGGACAACACCACCAUCAAAAACGCCCUGGACGAGCAGGGCCACGUUACCGUGCAGUGUUUCGGACACACCAUAGACCUCAUCGUAAGCGAAGCCAUAAAAAGCCAGAGACUGGUCCAGCACCUGCUGAGCAUCGCGCGGAAGAUCUGCGAGCGCGUGCACCGCUCGGCGAAGGCGAAAGAAAAGCUGGCCGAGCUGCAGAAGGUCCACCAGCUGCCGGAGAACCAGCUGAUCCAGGACGUGCCAUCCAAGUGGGUGACGUCCUUCUUCAUGCUGGAACGGCUGGUGGAGCAGAAGAUAGCCAUCGACGAGAUGUCGAUAGAGUGCAAUUUCAGGGAAAUAAUCAGCUCAGACCAGUGGGAGGUGAUGCUGUCGGUCUGCAACGCACUGAAACCCUUCGAGGUGGCCUGCAAGGAGCUGAGCAACCGCACUGCCACUCUGGGACAAGUCAUACCGCUCAUUCACAUCCUCAACAGGAAGAUCGAUCUUCUGUUCGACGAGACCGUGGGCAUAGACAACAUGCUGAUGUCUCUAAAGGAAGCGAUGGUCAGCAGGAUGUCGGCGACCCUGCACGACCCGCGUUACGCCUGGGCCACCAUGCUGGACCCCCGGUACAAAACCUCGUUGUUCACAGAGGAAGAAGCCGAGCGUUGCAAGCAAGACCUGAUCCAGGAGCUGGACUUGGCCCUCUCUACCUCAGUUCCGGCUAACUCUCUCCUGUCCAACGGCUGCGACGAGGACCCCGCUUCGUCCAGCGCACCGCACUCAACCAGGGACACCCCGUGGUCCAUGAUGCCCGACAUGAGGCAGAACCCGAAACAGGAGGAGAAGACCAAGUCCUCCGAGCUGGCAGUGCUGGAGUACUUGGAGGAAGACAUUUUGGAUCAAAGCUGUGACCCCCUCGACUAUUGGAAUCUGAAAAAGUUCCUGUGGCCCGACCUCGCCAAAGUAGCCGCCCGUUACGUGGGCUGCCCGCCGACCAUCGUGCCGGCGGAGACGCUGUUCAGCACCGCCAGCAUCAGCUGCGCCCUAAACCAGCCCAGGCCCGGGCCGGACCACAUAGAGAGGCUGCUGUUCCUUAAGGUCAACCUCCCCUUGAUCUAUUUUAAGUACUGAACAUUGUUGAGCAUUAACUUGAAAAAAACGUUUCUAUCAAGGACCAAGUUGCAUAGCUGUGAAAUGGGUGGGGUUGUGUGGAGCUAGUUGUAAGAUAGGGAUUUAUACACUGAUUCUUAAUGCAAAGGCCAGAUUGAGGGUUUCUUGUAUUGUGUACUACUGUUAAACACUUGGAGCUGUUGUGAUGAAAUGUCUCAGUGAGAAGUGUAUCAGGGAGGGAGGGGAUUUUUCUUUUUUUUUUUUCUUUUUGCUGUAGGGGGUUGGUGAUGUUUGCGUGUAACUUUUUUUUUUUUUUUUUUUUUUUUGUGUUCGUCUACUCUCUCCUUGUGCCUUAACCAAAACUACUUCAGGUCAAAAUGCUGUAAAUAUUAUAGAAAUUGUGCAGAUUGCAUCAGGAUCCGUUUUGAUUUCCUUUUUAUGAAUUUAAGAUGGAUACAAAGAUCCUCUUCUUUUUUUUUUCUUUUUCUUUUUUUUUUCCAGAAUGAAAACGGCCCAAAAAAUAAAUGCUGUGACUGAAAGAUGUUUUAAGUUAAUGCUAUUUAAUUCUUCUUUGUACAUUGGAGGCUCAUGGUACUGUCGUUUUAGAAAUAGUCCUUUUUAUUUUUACUCGCUGAAAUGUUUUUAAAAAGAUAAUGAUGUAUAAUAUUACUGUAUUUUCAGAAUAAGGUGGGUUCUUUGGAAUAUACCAGUUGUCUCUUAAGCACAAUUUAAGUUUAUUUCCAGGGGAUUAAAUUAAGGGUUUAUUAUUGAUUAACAGUGUACUGUACAUUUUUAUAUUAAAUGGCUUCCGAACCUAAUUUGAUAAAAAAGAAAAAAAAAAAACAUUUUAGCAUUCAGACUGGAAACAUCCAAAUUUUGUGGUCAUUUGUAAAUAAAGGUUUUCCUUGAACA